GGGAUUGCCCUGGUGUCCACGAGAAGAGCGGGGAUGGCUGAGAUCCGCCCUUAUCUUGGGCUCAUUAAUGACUCUCCAGCUAUCUCCCUGCUAUUAUAUAUGUAGAAAAAAAGAAUGUGACAGCCUUUCGUAAAAAUUGGUGUCUUUAGGGGGGAGGGGUGGGAAUGCAUCAGGGAGGGGAAUGGUCUUUCCGCCGGUUUUCCAUACUUCCUCCCCCGCCUUCUUUCCAGUUGUUUCAAAGGGGUGUGGUUUUUGCUGGGAAAAUGGCCAUCCGAUGGGAGUAGAGCGGGGGGUGGGGGUGGGGGGCUGGGGCGGGGCAUGGGUGGACGUCAUGCAGGAAGAGGGCUGAUGUCUGAGAGGUCCUGAGAAGUGGGGGUAGGAUGAGAAAACAGAAGUUAAAAUCUAUUUGACUACCAGGACCUUGAAUUUGUAAAAGCUGGUAUUGGGACUUUCUGAAGUGCUGUUCUGUCUGCUAGCCAUCCAUCUCUGCCAAGUCGCCAGUCUGCGUCUGUGGAUCUUGUGCCUGAAGACCAAUCCGACCCAGAAGCAGGAAGAAGAGGAACAUUGUCCAGAAACAAGUGCUGCUGUAUCUGCAGUUGCUGAAGAGCCUGCCAGCUAUAGCUAAAGAUUCCAUCCAGGCUUCAGAUAAUUCUGAGCCACAGCAAGCCUGCUCUGCCUGGGUUAAAAAUUCGGCUCAGGCAUUUGGCUUAGACAUUUGCUCUAGUAUGGGUCGAACUCGGGAGGUUGGUUGUGUGGCUGCUGGCGUGGUGAUAGGGGCUGGUGCCUGCUACUGCGUAUACAGACUGACCUGGGGAAGAGAUGACAGCGAGAAAAUCUGGAACAACAGUGAUGAUGACGAAGAUGAGGAAUCUAGUGAUAUUACAGAAAUUGGGGUGGAGGCUGAGAAAGCUAAUACUAUGGUGGGGAGCAGAGUUAGAUUUCAGGGUGACUCAAAAGCCAAAGCUGAAGUGGGCAUGGAACUCAAGAGUGGUCCAGAUAUAAAAGUGGGAGUCCACUCAGGAACCCAGAGAGGAGGUGGCCUAGAGGCCAAGGCCAAGGCCCUUUUCAGCACGCUGAAGGAACAGGCAAGUGCAAAGACAGGCAAAGGGGCCAGGUUGGGUACCAUCUCUGGGACUAGGACUUUUGCAUCGAGUUUACCCUGCCCAGGAGGCAGGGGUGGAGGCUGCCACCCCACCAGGAGUGGGGCUAGGGCUAGGAACAGGGCAUGUGGAAAGUCCAAGGGAAAGGUCCGAGCUAAGAGCACCAGGACUCCAGCUACAACAUGGCCUGUUCACAGGGGCAAGUUCAACUUUCCCUAUAAAAUUGAUGAUAUUUUAGGCACUACAGACCUUCAAAAGGUCCUUAACAUCCUAGAAAGAACAAAUGAUCCUUUUAUUCAAGAAGUAGCCUUGGUCACUCUCGGUAACAAUGCAGCAUAUUCAUUUAACCAAAAUGCCAUUCGUGAAUUGGGUGGUCUCCCAAUUAUUGCAAAACUGAUAAAAACGAAAGAUCCCAUUAUUAGAGAAAAGGCUUACAAUGCUCUUAAUAACUUGAGUGUGAAUGCUGAAAAUCAGGGCAAGAUUAAGACAUAUAUCAGUCAAGUGUGUGAUGACACCAUGAUUUGUUGCUUGGACUCAGCUGUGCAGAUGGCUGGACUAAGACUGCUAACCAACAUGACUGUGACUAAUCAUUACCAACAUUUGCUUUCCUAUUCUUUUCCAGACUUUUUUGCUUUGUUAUUCCUGGGAAAUUACUUCACCAAGAAUCAGAUUAUGAAACUACUUAUAAACUUUACUGAAAAUCCAGCCAUGACAAGAGAGCUGGUCAGUUGUAAAGUACCAUCAGAAUUGAUUUCCCUCUUUAAUAAAGAAUGGGACAGAGAGAUUCUUCUUAAUGUCCUAACCCUAUUUGAGAAUAUAAAUGAUAACAUAAACAAUGAAGGGCUUGCAUUGUCCAGGAAAGAGUUUAGCAGAAGUUCACUUUUUUUCUUAUUUAAAGAAUCUGGGGUGUGUGUUAAAAAAAUCAAAGCAUUAGCAAAUCACAGUGAUCUGGUGGUGAAAGUAAAAGUUCUCAAAGUAUUGACCAAACUCUAAUCGGAGGUCUUUCUGAAAUAUUAAUUGAGAUAUGUUUUUUAAGUUUGCACUUGGGAACAAUACAUUUUGCAAAUUCUUUGUUUUUCACUGUGCUUAUAUGGCAUAGAGAUACUUUCAGCCGCUAUUUUGGAACAAUGAAUAUCACAAAUCAACAGUAAUGCUGGCUGUGAUGGUUGGUUUUAGGCUGGACCAUUUUAAGGAUGCCAAGUGAAUACUAAAGCUUGUACAGACAAAGCACUUAGUUGAUUCCAUCUUGCUACCUAGAUUGAGAUAUUUUUACUCUUUAUCUAAAGUGACAGCAAACUAAU